AAAUGUUGGGUUAUAUGGGCGAGUUCCGAGACUUCCGAGUUCCGCGUUCAUAAUGUGCUUAUUUUAAUUUUUUGAUAGCUAAAUUACCCGGGCGACCUUGAAGUUAUAUUAGAUUUCGCCAAUUCGAUUCGAACUCCCCGAAGAAAAAAAAAAUAGAGGAAGUGAGGUGCGUGGUACCGCAGUGCUCGUGCUCGUGCUGCUCUGCGUAUUUUAAAUCAAAUUUUGACGUUAAUGUGCAGUAGUGCUGGUGCCACCGAAAUACAUUGGUUAGAUAACAAUAAUGCCGAUUUGGAAGGGCUUCCGUAAAACACGAUAAUUUAACGGUGUCUUUGCGUAUUGUCGCAUAAGUAAGAUUUCACUAUUUCAGCCUUUUAAAAUAAGUAACCACAUUCACAUCAAAUCGCUCAUGAUACUACUUUGUUCUACAACGUUCGAUGCCAUUGACCAGACUUAAAUAAUUUAGAGACAUAUAAGGGUUAAUACUAAUUUAUCAGUUAAAAAAAAGUGGAAUGGGAGAAAGAGAUUGGAGGCCUUUCGUUUAUGGAGGAGUAGCUUCUUGCGUUGCUGAAUUCGGAACGUUUCCUAUUGAUACGACUAAAACGAGACUGCAAAUUCAAGGGCAGAAGCUGGAUAAAAACCAUGCUAUUCUCAAGUACAGAGGAAUGGUAGAUUGUUUCCUUAAAAUUGCCAAGCAAGAAGGAUUCGGGGCUUUGUAUUCUGGCAUUUGGCCAGCAGUAUUAAGGCAAGCCACAUAUGGCACCAUCAAAUUCGGUACUUACUAUACCCUAAAACGAAUGUUAGUUGUCUAUAAUGACGGUAAAGAGAGCAUAGCUCUAAAUGUUGGCUGUGGUAUCGUAGCAGGGGCCGUGUCCAGUGCUAUAGCUAAUCCAACCGAUGUUCUGAAGGUUCGAAUGCAAGUUGCUGGAAGUAACGGCAAUACGAAUAUCGGGCUUAUAAAUUGUUUCAGAGAUGUAUAUACUCAUGAAGGUUUAUCGGGUUUGUGGAGAGGAGUAAACCCGACUGCUCAAAGAGCAGCAGUCAUAGCGGCAAUCGAAUUGCCUGUAUAUGACUUUUGUAAGAGUCACUUAUUGGAUCUUCUCGGUGAUAAAGCUGUAAAUCAUUUUAUUUCUAGUCUUAUUGCUAGCAUAGGAAGUGCAAUCGGUUCAACGCCCAUUGACGUAGUUCGAACACGUCUUAUGAAUCAAAGAAAGUUGAAAAAGUGCGGGGGUCCGUUGCCCAGUCACAUUUAUCACGGUACUGUCGAUUGCUUCGUACAAACGUACAGAAACGAAGGAUUUUGGGCGUUCUAUAAAGGAUUUAUUCCAACUCUGUUUCGAAUGGGUCCUUGGAAUAUUAUAUUUUUCUUAACUUAUGAACAACUGAAGAAUCUCUAUUGAAAAUUUAUUGUUUGAGCACUUUUAUCCGUGUUAUUAAUAUAUCCGGUAUAUUGCACCGUUUUUUCCUAAUAUUACACACCGCUGUUAGAACAAUAAAUAUUUACGAAAUUGCGUUACUUAUGAGUAUCUUUUUACAUUUUAAUUCCAUUAAAUUGUAGUAGAAAAACAAUUAAAUACUAGGCAGAAUACUACUCGAUUUCUUCUAAACUGGUUUUGGUGACCGCAGGAGAUUUGCCACCUCUGUGAUUGAAUACGUAGAACGAUGGAAUGUUUCGAAACGUUUCCCACGACUUGUUUUCUAAUUCCGCCGAGGCUUUGAUUUCUUUGAAGUCCCCGGUUAUGUUCAACACCCCGUACAUGAUUAUAAAUAGCGCGCCUAAUGCUUGGAUAAAUAUCUAAAACAAAAAUAGACUAUUGUGUGGAUGUUUAUA